AUGGCCUGGCGAAGCAGCGGAACCACCAACUCGUCCCUGGUCGAGAACAUGUGGCAGCACUCCCUCCUGACUUCUCCCGUCGUCAAGGCCGCCUUCCUUAGGGUCGACCGCGCACACUACGCGCCGAGGAGCCCGUACGAGGACUCGCCUCAGUCCAUCGGGCAUGGAGCCACCAUCAGCGCGCCGCACAUGCAUGCCAACGCCGUGGAGAGCCUGCUGGAGUCGGAUGUUGGGGGUGUCAGAGGUAGGCCCAGGCGUAUCCUGGAUGUGGGCAGCGGGUCGGGCUACCUCACGCAUGUGCUGGCCGAACUGGCAGGCGAGGGCAGCGUGGUGGUGGGUCUUGAGCACAUUCAGGAGCUGCGCGACCUGGGCGAGCGAAACAUGUCAAAAUCUGCCGAGGGCGAAGCACUGCUGGCAAGCGGCCGGGUCAGGUUCCGUGUCGGCGAUGGACGGAAGGGAUGGACGGAACCGACUCACAGCAGCAAUGAAGAAGGUGGCUGGGACGCUAUUCAUGUCGGGGCAGCAGCGAUUGAACUACACCAGGAACUCGUGGACCAGCUGAGGAGUCCGGGUCGCAUGUUCAUACCCGUUGGUGGCAAGAAUGGAUGGAAUCAGUAUAUCUGGACGGUUGAUAAGGAUCGUGAUGGCAACAUCACGAAGAAAAAGUUGUAUGGAGUGAGGUAUGUGCCAUUGACUGAUGCGCCUGGUGGAAUGAAGAAAGGAGAGUCGUGA